ACUUCCUGUUUUUGCUCCGAGGCAACAACGUGGAUACGGUGCAGUUCACCCGGCGUGCAGUCUCUGUGUUGCCCGUGACCAGAGCCUUGCUCACUCGCCGCCAUGCAGAUAUCCAGCGUGAACGACGUGAAGAUCUACAACCUAAGCCACGGGAAGUCUCUUCCGGAGUGGCUGUCAGAUCGGAAGAAGAGACAGUUACAAAAGAAAGAUGUCGACAUCCAGCGCAGGAUCGAGCUCAUCCAGGACUUUGAGAUGCCCACGGUGUGCACCUCCAUCAAAGUGUCCAGGGACGGUCAGUUCAUCCUGGCAGCAGGCACCUACAAACCCAGGAUCCGCUGCUACGACACCUACCAGCUGUCCCUGAAGUUUGAGCGCUGUCUGGAUUCGGACGUUGUGGCUUUCGACAUCCUGUCUGAUGACUACUCUAAGUUGGUGUUUCUGCACUCCAACCGCUACGUGGAGUUCCACUCCCAGCAUGGACAAUACUACAAGACACGAAUUCCCAAGUUCGGCCGGGACUUUUCUUACCACUACCCCUCCUGCGACCUCUAUUUUGUGGGCGCGAGUUCCCAGGUGUUCAGACUGAAUCUGGAACAAGGGCGCUUCCUCAACUCACUUCAGACGGAUGCUGUGGAGAACAAUGUGUGCGACAUCAACCCCGUCCAUCACUUGUUUGCCACAGGAACCUCUGAGGGGCGGGUCGAAUGCUGGGACCCUCGUGUCCGGAACCGAGUGGGCGUGCUGGACUGCGCCCUAAGCAGCCUCUCCGAGGGAGCAGAAGUGCAAAGCUUGCCCUCGAUUAGUGCGCUGAAGUUCAACGGCUCCCUCGCCAUGGCGGUCGGCACCAGCACCGGACAGGUGCUGCUCUAUGACCUGCGCUCCAGCCGGCCGCUGCUGGUCAAGGACCACUUCUACAGCCUGCCAAUCAAGUCGAUCAACUUCCACGAUCAGCUGGACCUGGUGGUGUCCGCCGACUCCAAGAUCAUAAAGCUCUGGAACAAAGACACCGGCAAGGCCUUCUCCUCCAUACAGCCUCAGACCAACAUCAACGAUGUCUGCAUCUACCCCAACUCAGGUAUGCUCUUCACGGCCAAUGAGGAUCCCAAGAUGAACACCUUCUACGUCCCGGCCCUGGGCCCUGCACCUCGGUGGUGCUCCUUCCUUGACAACUUGACGGAGGAGCUGGAGGAGAGCCCCGAGAGCACAGUGUACGAUGACUACAAGUUUGUGACCCGGAAGGACCUGGAAAAUCUGGGUUUGUCUCACCUGGUGGGAUCAUCUCUCCUGAGAGCCUACAUGCACGGCUAUUUCAUGGACAUCCGGCUUUAUCACAAGGUCAAAAGUAUGGCUAAUCCUUUCGCAUACGACGAGUAUCGCAAGGACAAGAUCCGCCAGAAGAUCGAGGAGUCCAGGACCCAGAGGGUGCCGGUCAAGAAGCUGCCCAAGGUGAACAAGGAGCUGGCCCUCAAGCUGAUGGAGCAGGGUGACGAGGAGGCGGAGCUGGCUUCUCGGAAAAAGAAGGGCAAGGUUCUCCCCAGCGUCCUGGGAGACGAGCGCUUCAAGGUGAUGUUCGAAAACCCCGACUACCAGGUGGAUGAGCAGAGCGAGGAGUUCCGCCUCCUCAACCCCAUCGUCUCCAAGGUGGGACAGAAGAGGCAGAAGAAGUUGCGUCUCAUGGCCCAGCAGGUCGCCGCUUCCCAAAAGGCGGACGACGAAGAGGAGCCCGAGGGGCGAGCGAGCUCCGAGGAGGAGAGCUCGGACGACGACAAGAGCUGGGUGGAGGAGGUUAGGGAGCAGCGAAGGCUGAUCUGGGAGGAGGGCCGGGACCGCCGGAGGCAGAAGAGGAAGGAAGGGGACCGCAACACCGUCCUGCUGGAGACGGAACAGAGCGGAGAAGCAUCAAACAUGGCCGAGGGCACAAGGACAAGUCGGCCUCAGUAUUAUCAGAUCAAAGCUGGGGAGGAGUUCAGAAGCUUUAACGACAUGGCCCGCAAGCAGAGGCUACAAAAGGCUUCUUUGGAGGACCGUCUGAAGUUGGAGGAGCACUCGGGAACCAGCAACGUGGCCGACACCGCAGUCGGCAGCAAACAGCUGACCUUCACCCUCAGAAAGUCGGAGCAGCAGACGAAGCAGCAGCAGGCAGAAUGGGAACACCACGAGGAGAGGAGGAAGCUAAGGCGCUCGGCCGGACACCUGAGCAGCGACCGUGGGAGAGGGCGUGGCUUUGGCGGCGGGAGAGGGCGGGGCGGUGGCGGCGGGAGAGGGCGUGGCUUUGGCGGCGGGAGAGGGCGGGGCGGUGGUGGCGGGAGAGGGCGUGGCUUUGGCGGCGGGAGAGGACGGGGAGGAGAGGCGAGAGGCCGCUACUAAGAUGGGCGGCCUAGUAGAGGACUACAGAGGUGUUGCUGGCACAGUCCUCGGCUCACGUCGAGGCUUUCAUGACCUCGACUUCCAAGCGUUCUGGUCUUUACGCUCCAGAGACGGACCGGAGAUUCUGACAUUGAUGAAUACACAAGCUGCUCCUGGGUGGUCUGUGUUUAGCUGCUCUCUGCAAAUUCAGAGCACACACACAAAAAGAUUACAUACGUUGUUGCCUGUGUGCCUAUAAUGUUUAUGCCAUUAUCCCAAAGUUUUUUUUUAAUAAGUGGGGACGGCCUCAGACGGAGUUAGUGAAGAGCUGUAAGGACUUGACUUAACCUGCCUUGUCUCUGUACUUUGAGCCGACUAUUUCAGUUAAUGGGAGGGGAGAAAAAUGUGUGCUUGUGCAAAAGAAAAAAAGUUUGUAUUUUUAAUGCUCUCUGUUAUUACCGCCGAUCGUACAGUGUUAUUAUAUUUGGAACAAAACCUU